AAUGUACUUUAUGGUGGCGUCCUAGCGAAUCACUAAAAAUAAAAAUAAAAUUUAGAAGUGUUUAAAAAUUUUAUAGCUUAAACUGGUUGAACAAGCUGUGCAUAACUUAGGCACAUUAACCCAAACAAACAUCUACAUGAAUCAAGACCCACUUAAAACUACUACAAUUGCCACAGUUAGUCUGCACGAAAGGACAUUGACUACAACUCUUAUCAAGAGACGAGAAGGUGUGUUCUGCGAUGACUGAAAAGAAAACGAAGAGGAAUGUCAUCAUUGGCAUCGAUGACAGCGAAUUUUCAGAAUUUGCUUUUGAUUUCUACCUGAAUCAAAUUCGAAAAGAAGGAGAUCAGAUUAUCAUGGUACAUGUUUCAGAGUAUACUUCUUUAGUGCAAGCACCUGUGCUUCUGACUGAUCCAGUUGUUGUCACUGAACUGAUCAAAGAAGAGGAAAUGAAAGUGAAAAGUCUUGUGGAUAAAUACAGCAACAAGAUGAAAAAAAUUCAUCUUGGAGGAAAGGUGAAACAAAUGGCAGGGAAAGUAGGGGAAGCAAUUUUAUUGGCUGCCAAGGAGGAGAAUGCCGACAUGAUUAUCCUUGGAACUCGAGGCAUGGGCAAAAUGCGACGUACUUUUCUUGGCAGCGUCAGUGAUUUUGUGUUGCAUCACUCAAAUGUUCCUGUCCUUGUAUGCCGCCACAAAGAUUAGGGCCAGGAACAGUGGAGAUUUAAGCAAUAGAUUGCCUCCUUAGAAGCAUCUUGAUGCUCUUUGCUUGCAGUAUGCCCCAAAUCUGGGAUAGGCUUAGUUCAAUUGGUUCCUUGCUGGUUUCAUUAUUGCCACAGCUUUAAAAUGUGUGCUUGGAUUGUUUUUAUUUUUUUAAAGAAAAACUGCUAAAAUUCCAUACUGCAGAAAUGAUAUUGCUUCCAAUGCUUAAUUGUCAUUUCCGGGUCGCUUACAUUUAUUUAUAAAUAGUAAUUAUUGUUAAUAACACUUUCAUUACUAUGUAAGUUCAAAUGUUGUAUUCAUUUUUGAUUCAUUUACAAAACAUCUUAUUUAUACACUAUGAUUAUGGUUUAUUAUUCUGUUUAGCUACAGUCAUAAGUAAAUUAUUGUAUGCUUAUUUUGUAGUCAUUAAUAGGCCAGCAUUUUGGAUACAUCACAGCUUUUAUUAAUAAUAGAUGCGAAAGUGAGCAAGGGCUGCUAUUGCUGUGUUGACAGACCUCUGAAUAUUUUUAUGUCACAUUUAAUUUUGUAUGAUUUUUAACUUGUGUUAACUAGCUUUGUCUGGAAAUUGUUAGAAAUAACUUCAUGAUGCAUGUAGUCUGCAUCUUACAUGAAAAUCUACAAAAACUUCAACAAAAAUAAAAGAAGCAUGCAUGCACCUGCAUUUUAUUCUGUCAUAAUGCACCCAAAUAACAUUGUGGUUGUAUAGCAUCAAAUCACAUUCAUGUCAAAGCAUGCACCUGAAGAUGCCAAACAAUAAACUUUUAAAGAAUUAUACAAGAUAAAAUAGCCAGAAUUGUGCAACACGAAGAAUAUGAAAUAUCUUUCAAAAUCAAGCAAAUUCUGCUCGCUCCUUUUUUCGUCUUUAUUUGUUCACUAAUUGUUCAUGUUUGCCACCAGACAUCCAUUUGCUGGCACUUGUGUUUCUUUGUUGUACAAUUGACUAUUGGUUUGUAGUCUUUUGUACACAGCACAUUGUGCUUGCCUCCACGUGGGGAAAUAAGCUCUACAAAUUCUAUUAUUAUUAAUAAACAGGGAUUUUGCAGGGAAAGGUGCUUUACAAAUUGUUAUUAAUAAACAGGGAUUUGUUUUUACUUAUUUACAUAAACAGAAACCAUUUCUGCUGUAUACUCUGCUGCUUAGUGAAAAUAUUUCACCACAUUAUCUCAAGUUCAGGUGAAAUGGCAUUAUCUUGUGUUUAUUUUCUAAUGAAAAUCAGGCUUAUAAAAGUUUAAUAAUUUUAACAUUUAUUAUCUAGUCGAUUUUCUUUAGAGAAUGAUCUAGUCUAUUCUAAAUUUUUUAGAGUAUCUCUGAAAUGGGUAUUUUUGUUAUAAUUUUAUAUGCUGAAAUGAUACCUCUGUUUAUGUUGCUGUAUCAGAAAUGUUAAAAAAAAUUUAAGAGAAGCUUGAAUGUGAUCACCUUUACCUUUCCUCUUGAAAAAAAAUUUCUUGGCUUACACAAAUCAUUUUAAAAAUGAACACCUCAAAACUAUGGACAUCAGAAGGAUGGAAGGAUAAACAUCAGUACUAAUGACUAAUAAAAUACAAAUAUAGAAAAUGCAAAAAAGACUUGGGCAACAAGAACUGAGGGUAUCAUGAUUCUGCAGGAGUCGCGAAAUUAAAAGAUGGACUAACAUUGUGUGGAAUGUUGUUAGGAGUUAUGCACUAGGUAUUUAUGUAGUCUUGGAUUAAUGAGCAUUUAUAAGUUCCUUCUAUACACAAAAAAUAGUGUUGUUGCUGGUAACUGGACCAAGAUUUGAAUGCUUGAAAACCUACGUUUUGAGGAAAUGAUUCAGAACAUUAUCAUUUAAGCCCAACAUCAGUUCGUAACCCUUUUGUUUAAAUGUUGAAGAAUCUUCAAUUCUUGAUAAUAAUCAACAUGCUUUCAUACUGCCAAAAAUGUUUCCCUUGCCCUGAUCAAAAGUAACCAUGUGUUAUUAAUAUUUAUACUUUAGAUUUUGAAUGUUUAUGGUCUGUGUAUGUGUAUAGAAAGAAUGUGUAUUCACAAGAUAUUUUCUAAUUAUAUGAACCAUAUAUCUUUUUGAAAAUUGUGUAUAUUAGUGAGAAAGUACUUAUAUUCACAGAGGAAACUUAUCUUUGCUCUUGGGCUAUUUAUAAAAUCAUGUAAAAGACGUA